AUGUCAGGCCCCCCACCUUCUUCUCCUGCCCCUGCUUCUGACUCCGGCAAAAUCACGAAAGGUCCCCCACUGAUGAAGGGCCUCGUGCCCGGGGGCCCCCCUAAGAAACUUUCUUUCCUGCGGGCCCCCAAGCUACCCCCGAAACCGCUGUCAGCAAAAGACCCGAAGCCGAAGGGCCCCCUUGCUGCUGCAGCAAGCAAGGAUGCUGCUCCUGCAGCAACAGCACAGUCAACUCCUGAUGCUUCUGUCGUUUCUGGCGAAGACAGCCCCCAGAGCCCCCUCUCCCGAAGUCCAAGCCAAAGCCCCCAAGGGGCCCGUGAAUACAGCGAGACGCCCUCCCGCACGCUCUCCCGCAACAGCGUGGCGGGGGCGGGGGCCCCCGGAUACAGGGGCCCCGGGAGUUCUAUGGAUCUAUCUUUAACAGGGACCGAGGGUCUGUCUGUUCAGCAAGAUGUACAUGAAAGCGAUGAGGGCCCCCAAAGCAAACCAUUGGAACAACAAACAGAAGAGCCCGCAGGGGCCCCCUCCACACCGCCUCUGCGCAAAUCUACAGCAGUUGGGCUUAACCUCCAGAGCUCCGGGCCAUCAUCUAGUGAGGCAGCUCCUGCGCUGGGGGCCCCUUCAGCAGGAGAGGGGGCCCCCAAAGAGCGACUCCUGAGCGAAGGGGGCCCUUCCUCAGAAAGGCCGAGCGGCUCAAGCAGUGCAUUCGCCUCAGAAAGCAGAGCUAAUGCAGGAGACAAGGAUUUUCUACGUGCAUCAAUGGCUGCACCAGGGCAGCGGGGGGCCCCCCAGGAGCCUCAACGUCAGCAGUUAAAGGGGUCCCCCAAUGCCCCCUCCUCUUUGCCUGGGCUGCAACAAACAGCGACAGACAGCAACGACAACCGCUCCCCCGAUCCGUACUCCCCUUUAAUAAGGCAGGCAUUUGGGAGGAGGUGGACAACGCCGGGGGCCUCCAUCGAGGUGUUGGGGGCCGUGGGGGGGCCCCACUCCCACUACACAGUGACAGCAGGGCCCCUGAACUGCACGUGGUGUACGUGCAGCGGCGGGUUGGCCCCAGGGGGGACUUGCUGCUGCUCCAUGGCAAGCCCCAUCCCCCAUAUGUGUGCUGUUGGGACGCAUGCAGCGGGUGCUCUCUGUGCCUGCUGCUCCCCCAGCUACAUGCAGGCAUCUGCGGGCUUUCUUGCGCAGCAGCAUCACCACUUGCUGCAGCAGCACAACCACUUGCUACAGCAGCAGCAGCAACUGUUGCGGCAGCCUCUUCAUGGAGUUCCCUCAGGACUGACUGUGGCGCACCACCCAGGGUCUCCGCUUCACAUGCCUGGUCCCGCACCACAGCCGCAGCAGCAAGAACAGCAGCAGCAAGAACAACAGCAGCAGCAACAGCAAUCUACUACAGCAAUGAAUUUGCAUUUCGACCUCAUUCCGGCCGAUGCUGCAGAGCGGGCGGGAGAAAACGACGAAUCAGAUGAAAGCGAUUCGGGUAAGAAACACCCCCGUGGGGUGUAUAUCCAACUACUGCACCAGCAGCGCUAG